AUGGCUCAGAGAAAUGACAGUCAACAGUUCACUAAUCAUGGUUUUCGGAUGCCAAGAUUCGGCAGGGGAAGAGAUGACAUGAACAGCAGGGCUUCCCAGGUCGUCAACCAGCGAAAUCCCUGUUUGUUGAAAAUAUACAAAUCAACUCUUAAAAUUGCGACAUGGAACGUAAGAAGUAUGUACGAGCCUGGAAAGUUAAGAAACAUAGAGCAGGAGAUGGUGCGACUAAAGAUUGAUGUUGUUGGAAUAAGUGACACAAGAUGGAUUGGUUCGGGUGAACUUGGUACAGAAAAUGGACGAGUUUACUACUCUGGCAAUGAUGACACUCAACACCGCUAUGGAGUGGCCGUAAUUCUUGACAGAAACGUAGUAAAAUCAGUAACAGGCUUCAUACCAAUGUCCGAAAGAGUAAUGUUGCUACAACUGAUGACAACUCACGGAAAACUAAACCUAAUACAAAUUUAUGCUCCUACAGCUGACAAAAACGAAGAAGAGUUAGAAAACUUUUAUAGUGACCUUCAAAAGACAUUACGGCUAACUGCAUCUAGAGAUAUAACAGUAGUUAUGGGUGAUUUUAAUGCUAAAAUCGGCGAAGGAAGAUGUGACUCUACAGUAGGGCAGUACGGACUUGGUGUACGCAACGAGAGGGGCGAUCGUCUUGUUGAAUUCUGUCAAGAAAAUAAUCUUGUGGUAACGAACACGUUUUUCAAACUUCCCAAGAGACGUCUGUAUACAUGGAAAUCACCAGCUGACAAAGACAACAACAUCGUCAGAAAUCAGAUCGAUUACAUCCUAAUAAAACACAGAUAUCGAAACGCAAUAAAAACGGUAAAAGCUUACCCUGGUGCGGACGUAUCAUCUGAUCAUAAUCCUCUUAUUGCUAGGUUUCAGUUACAGCUAAAAAAGAUGCAAAACAAGCAUAAAGUUGAUAAACUAGACAUAGAGAAACUAAAAUCAGAAGAAAUCAGGGAAAAACUUAAACAACAGAUCAACGCAAACUUAGAAAAAGCCACCACCAAAUCUCAGCAAAAUGAGGAAAGCGCAGAACAACAAUGGCAGUUCCUUAAAACAGCACUUAUAGAACCAAGUAAAAAAGAACUUAUAACAAGCAAACAUAAGAAAGAAGAUUGGAUGACAGACGGAAUCUUGGAAUUAAUGGAUGAAAGAAGAAGAUGCAAGUCAAAUAACAACAUUCGAUACAAGCAGCUACAAAUCCAAAUAAGGCGAAAAAUAAGAGAAGCAAAAGAAACAUACUUCUCUGAUAAAUGA